GUGGAUCGAAAGAACAACUUGGGGUGUUCACCUUGGCGAAGGAGCGGCAUAGGCUGCUCAAGAAAUACGAGGUGUUUUGGAGUGAUCUGGUCUCACUGCUCUUUUUUUUUUCUCUCCACCCCGCUCCCUGUUUCCUGCGCCAGCUUGUGAACACGUUCUUUAGUUUCCUGAGGCGUAGAACGGAUUUCUUCACUGGUAGAGAAGACGGAGUAGCAGAGAAGCUGAUCACAGACACCUUCAAACAUCACAACAAAGUAGCUCAGAAAGAGCGCGAAGAGAAAAAGGCUCGUCAAGAGGCAGAGCGGCGUGAAAAGGCAGAGAGAGCUGCGAAACUUGCUAAAGAAAAGCAAGAAGCAAACGAGCCAAAGAUUAAGGAACUUACAGAUGAGGAAGCGGAAAGGCUGCAGCUGGAAAUCGACCAGAAAAAAGAGGCACAAGGACAGACUAACAGCAUCCCAGUGAAACCCUCAGAGGAUGGAGAUGAAUCUUCAGAUUCUAACAAACAG